AUGCACUUCAACAGUUAUAUCGAUCACCGCAAGAUGAUACCAUUUGACGAGAUAGUGUUAUACUCUGGAUGGUUGGCAUGUGAAUUAUGUCUCACUGCUCAUCAUCUUCCCGAGUGUGUCAUGCGGAAGUUCGACUACACUCAGACCAUUCCCAGACACCCUAAUGUAUCUUCUCCUCCUGCUUUGACAUGUAGACAGAUGGGUGACAUAUUUGAUGAUUAUGAGAGUCAUUUGGUACUAGAGGAGGCACAAAGUACCAUAGCCCCGAGCGACUGGAGGUACGUGAACGGGUACAUCAGGUGGUUCUUAAGGGUGUCACGUCUGUAUAUGAUGCAUGCUACUCCAGGAGAUACACUGAGGCCAGCCCAUCGAGAGAUACUAGAGGAGGAGCAAGUACUAUAUGCCAUCAUGAUGGAGGCACGAGCAAUAUUGACAUAUCGGAGACAGCGCCAGAGGAUGGGGGGAUUGGUGGCGGAGGAGCUCGAGGAGGCAGAGGAGACGUAG